CGCCGUGACCCCGCUGCUUACGCAGAGAGAUCCCGGCGCUGCCCACUGCCGUAGGCGCCCCCCGGCUGCCUAUAAAUUCGGCACCGGAGCUCUAACUCGGCACUCUCUCCAUCGCUUCGCCACAAGCGACACCGACUCGCAAACCAGAGCUCCGGCGGAGAUAGCAGGCAGUGACUCGCCAGAACAGGCUAACUCGCUCCCGGCUUUGGUUCGAGAUGGAAAGCUUUUCGGCUGAAAUUUACCGCACGGGCUACAGCGGCCGCUACGGGGGUGGCGCUGCAAUGUGCCUGGUGCUUUGGCUGCUCCUGCUGAGCUCCAGCCCAGCUACGGCAUGCCCGCGCCUCUGCGUCUGCUACCCCUCCCCCAUGACGGUCAGCUGCCAGGCUCAGAACUUCACGCUGGUGCCGUCUGGCAUGCCAUACAGCUCUCAGCGCGUUUUCCUGCAGAACAACCAGAUCACCGAGCUGCGUGUCGACUCCUUUGGCUUUGGGACGCAGGUCCUCUGGCUCUUCUCCAACAACAUCACCUGGAUCGAGGCUGGAGCCUUCAGUGACCUGCGCGAGCUGGAGGAGCUGGACUUGGGGGACAACCCGACCCUGCGCCGUCUGGAGGGCGGGGCCUUCCGGGGGCUUGAGCGCCUGCAGAGCCUGCACAUGCACCGCUGCCGGCUGGCUGCCCUGCCCCAUGACCUGUUCCACAAGCUCUACAGCCUGCAGUUCCUCUACCUACAGGAGAACCAGCUGCACUUCCUGCAGGAUGACCUCUUCUCUGACCUCGUCAACCUUAACCAGCUGUUCCUGCACGGGAACCGCAUCCGCACCAUCUCGGAGCACGCCUUCCGUGGCCUGGUCAACCUGGACCGGCUGCUGCUGCACGACAACCGUAUCAAGCAGGUACACCGCCGGGCGUUCCGCGACCUGGGCCGCCUCACUAUGCUCUUCCUCUUCAACAACUCGCUGGCAGAGCUUCCAGGCCAAGUCCUGCGGGACGCCGGCGCUGUCCAAUUCCUGCGGCUCAAUGGCAACCCGUGGUCCUGUGGCUGCGAAGCCCGGCAGCUCUGGGAGUUCUUCCGCGGGUCCCGGGUCUCCAGCUCAGAGCUGAUGUGCUCGUCGCCGACACCCCGCCGUGGCGUGGACCUGCGCUUCCUGCGUGAGAUGGACUUCGCCCUCUGCCCACUGCCAGAUCCAGGCUCCCUGGCCGGGACCACCACCACCACUUUCAGCACUAAGACCCGCUGGUGGUUCUCCAAGCACAAGCCUGCAGCGUCCUCCAAGGGCGUAUUCGAGAAGAGCUCCGAGACCAUCAAGGCGUUCCCCUUCCACGCGGGCAAACCCCAUGACUCCCCCGGGUCCAACAGUGCUGUCUCCUCCGCCAAGUACGAGUUCGCGGAGGAGGAGGCCGCACUGCCCAAGCUGGACCCCGAGGAGUACUGGGCCAAUUAUGGCAACGAGGACGCAGCCGCCACCUCCAUGCGCUGCUUUGAGCUCGAGUGUCCUCCCAGUUUCGACUUCCCCUCCUCGCCCUCCUCCUCUUCCUCCGCCACCCCUUUCCUUACCGUCCUUCACCUCUGUGCCGUCACUCUCUUCAUGCACAUGCUCUUUGGCUGACUGCUCACUGGUCCCCUUCGUCCUGCAGAUUUGAAAACCCCCCUUUUUCCUUCACUGCCCCCAAACACCCGUAUCUUGGUUCCUUUCAGUUGACUUUCCUGGACCUCCAAUCCUUUAGGAGGCGCCAUACUGGAAAGAACUGUGGGAUUCUGUGGAUACAGGAGGGACAGUGGGAAAAUACAUUCAGCCGCUGCUGCUCUUGCUAAAGCACAAAACAGGAACAGAAUGGCUGCUCAGAACAGCCAGGGCUGUAAGCAAAAAAAAUUACGGUUUCUGAUAUUUCAGUUUUCUACUGACAGUCCAGUGUAAUGGCACCUGUGGUGCUGCUGUCAUUGUACUGCAGGUACUAUUGAGCCAUCGCUUACACUGUUACAGCUACUUCUACUUUGGUCAACUUUAAAUCCUACUGCUGCUACUUAAACUACCACAGCACUACGAUUUUUUUCUACUCUUACUAUUUACUUAAAAUAGUUUUCAGUGCAGCAUGCAUAAAUAUGGCUGCAGAUGCCUCUCGCUGGCAGCAGGGGGCAGUGAUGGCCUCACUGUUGUCCUCACUGUCGCUGCUGGCACGCACGGUGAUAUCAGUGUGAGAAACUGUAGCUCCCGCUCCAUUAGCAGACGCCUUCCACCGCCGCCGCUCUCAGUUUUGGCUGUAAACAGUUUUAAAGUCGGCGAGGUAAGAUGUUGCCAGACAGAUGCUCCAUUCACUUUUAACAAGCGAAUUUGGGCCAGAUGACAGUGGGACCAGUCAGCCAUGGGGAUCACAGGCAGGACAUGGGAGCUAACAGGAGGCGUGCGGCGGCCGGCGUGGCAGAGUGGUGAGCGGACAGGUCCUGUCUCUCAGGACCGCCAGUGCCUUCAGAGCGUGAGGACACACCAGCAGGGUCACAGGGUCGUGACAGCUGCAGUCCUUUUGCUGCAGUCUGUCUGUGUCUUUUUCAGCAGUGAUUCUUACUUUGGGUGACAAGGCUUCCCAACAUCUGAAAAAAAAUGGGAUUUCCAUCCUAUCCAGCCUGCUCAUAUCCCCUCACCUUACUUUCACCUUCCAGCGGGGGGAGCUCUUACAACUGGGGCAGUCAGACUGGACUGGAAUAGGAAGGACUGGGCUCAAGCCCAGCAGGCUGAACAGACAGACAGAGAGGGAGGUAGAUUCAGGCAGACAGACAGACACAUGGAUGGAAAAAGGCAGACAAAAAGACAGACGGAGAGGUAUACAUACAGACAGGAAGAUACAGGCAUACAGAUCCAUGGGCAAAGAGGCAGAGAGACAGAAGGAGAGUUAGACAGACAAGCAUCAUGGGCCUUGGCUUUGCAAACCGCUGCCACUGAGCUUGGUUGAGAUGUGCCCUGUGAGAUGGCUGCCAUCAGAGCAGUGGGCAUGCCGGACAGCCCGCCGAGUGGCGCCGACACAGGGAGCCACCUCCUGCCGAGUCCGUGAAGACAGGGGAGUGUCUGGGGACAGCUCAACAGGUACGGCCCCCCUGCUGGGGACAGUUGUAGCCCUGAGGUUACCCAGCUGGACUCCCCCAGAGCAUAGCAGAUGGCCAGAUGAUCCGUCAGAGAGAGAGGGAGACAGAUAGAGCGAGAGGGAAAAAAAGAGAGAGAGAGAGGGAGAUAGAUAGAGAGAGAGAGAGAGAGAGAGAGAGAGAGAGAAAGAGAGAGAGAGAGAAGAAAGAAGUCAAAGCAGGAUGUGAGGAUCAGAGAAACAUGCAUGCAUGCCGGAGAAGCCAGUGUGACUGCUUUUUACUCUGUGAAUGUGUGUGUGUGUGUGUGUGUGUGUGUGCCUGUGUGUGUGUCUAUGAGUGUGUGCCAGCUGGAAUGACUUUAACUCUACAUUUAAUGCUUGUGAAUCGGUCUAAGUGUAUGUUUACGAAUUUUUUUUAAUUUUGUGAGACAUAUUAUUGUUGAAAGGAUUGUUAAAGGUUUCAAGAAAGAGAAUAAAUGUCACCUUUGUAUUUCCAAAA